AUGGCGUUUGAUCGGGAUGAUUUUGUCCGCCUAUUGACUGACUACUACGAGUUCUGCUCUCGCACAUUUUGGGACGUUACCGUCCAACACGCACCUGCAGGGGGCUGGCCAUCCAUCAACCACGAGACAUUAGCCCGCCUCCAGAAGAACGAUCAGGUUGUGGAACUGCUCCGCCACUUACCCUACCCGGAGUUCAACCAGGGUGUCUACACGCCGCUCAUCAUGGACCACACCGGUAUUGUCGACUGGCGCAGCGAAUACACCCACGCCUUGAUCCGUAAUGAGAGUCUUGAGGUGAAGCCUGAGCCGUUCACUAAUAGAGAUCCCCCGCUGACUCCCUCGUGCGCCUGCAUCGCCAAGAGCGUUAGCCGGGACGGAUACUUCGUUGUUAUUGAUACCGAAGACGGCUAUAUCUACUGGGGUGAUCCAAAUGGCGAGCACGACGAGCCCCAGCCCGAGCUCAACGCCACAUUAGACAGGUUUACUGAUGACCCGGCCAAUAUGUGGCGGGACCCAUUGUCUGGCGUCAACGUGUACCGGCCCGCCGACUUCUUUGCCCUCUGCAAGCAGCGGUUUCGAGAACUGCGGUGGAUCGGGAUGGACCAGUGGAAUAUCUCGGCCCUGAGGAUGAAUUACGAAUGGGACGAGCUUGAUGAAGAGGACGAGCACGCAGAGCUGGUGGCUAUGAUGAGGGAGGCUGGAUGGCCCGGCGAUGGCGAGGGUCGGGGCUGGGAUCGGGCCAAGUUUGAGGCUCUCCUUCAAGAGGAAAACAGCGAGGGCGGCGGGUAG